GCCUCCCGCCAGCUGGGCGCACGCGUCACCUUGACACCCGCCGGACGCUGCAUGUAUCGAUCCGCUUUCCCACAACACAAACCCCGAAUAUCCUUCAGCUCGGUGCCGGUGAACCCAGCCGGGGCUCGGCCCGCACCAUGUCCGCCGUCCAGCUGCUCCGGGUGCUGGUGAACGAGCGGCUGUCGGCGGCCGCGGAGGAGAUCUUCGAGGCGGUGAAGAAGACCAUCGCGGGCUACGAGGAGGAGAUCCUGCUCUCCAAGCGGGAGAUCCGCCGGCAGCGGAGGAUGCUGCAGACCGUCCUCCAGCCCGAGAUCAAGAUCAACAAACACUCAGACCAACCACAGCUGGCCCUCUCCGUCUGGGACGAGGACUUCGGCUCCGAUCAGCAACACUGCGUUCAGGAGUUGAGCUCCGGUCAGGACCAGGACGACCAGGAACCCCCGCACGCCGAGAAGAGCCUGCGGGAGCUCCCCAACAGCCGAGAGGAGGAGCAGGUUCAGGAGCUGGACGAGGACAACACCAUCAGGUUCAUCUUCACCGGUCCGUACGUGAAGAGCGAGCUGGACCAGCUGCAGUCCGGCUACCAGAGCGCCAAAGGAGAAGGAGAUCCUCUGCCGAGCACCUCGGCCGGGCAGGAGCAGGCGAAGGUGGAUGGCGACGACGGGGCGUCCUCCGGCUCCGCGCCCGAACACGAGGACAGCGACGAGGAGUGGAGGGGCAGCGCGGGGUCUCCGAGCGACGACAGCGACAGCAACCACAAGUGUAAGAAGAAGAAGGGGCCUCGUCUGCCGAUGGCGCCGACGCUGCACCCCAACAAAAAAGCUAAAUCGCGGAUCUGCUGUAAAGUCUGCGGGAAGGCCUUCCACGCCAACGUCUCUCUGGUCAACCACAUGGAAGUUCACCCCAAGGACGUCUGCGGCGUGUGCGGGGAACGCUCCGAGACCGAGGACGAAUUUCAGGCUCACCUGAAGACGCACGUGAAAGCCGAAGUCUGCGGCGUCUGCGGGAAAUGCUUUGGGGCGUCGAGCUCUCUGCAGACGCACAUGCGGAUCCACACGGGGGAGAAACCGUUCAACUGCAGCGAGUGCGGGAAGUCCUUCAACUGCCGCCACAACAUGAUGCGACACAUCAGGAUCCACACGGGGGAAAAGCCGUAUCCGUGCACCGUCUGCGGCAAAUGCUUCAACGACUACUCCACGCUGAAGCGCCACCUGCUGGUUCACGUGCACAAGAAGCACCGCGAGCCGAGCAACGCGUCCGCGAACGAGAGCGAAGGCGGCAACGGUGACGGCGACGGCGAGGCGAAGAUGAAGCCGUCGUCACCAAAAAAGCAGCACGCUCGCACCAUAUGUGAAGUGUGCGGUAAAAUGUUCCACUCCAUGGUCUCCCUGGUAAAUCACGCCAAAAGUCACGCCACGGACCUCUGCGGCGUUUGCGGGACGCACUUCGACUCGGAGGAGGACUUAAAGCUUCACCUGAAGACUCACAAAAACGGGAAAGUGUGCGAGGUGUGCGGGAAGUGCUUCGACAGCCAGGGAAACCUGGAGAUGCACAUGAGGAUCCACACGGGGGAGAAACCGUUCCUCUGCAGCGAGUGCGGGAAGUCCUUCAACUGCCGCCACAACAUGAUGCGACACAUCCGGACGCACACGGGAGAGAAACCCUACCUGUGCAACAUCUGCGGCAGGUCCUUCAGCGACCACUCCAGCCUGAAGCAGCACAGCAGCACGCACACCGGGGAGAAACCGCACCGCUGCGAGAUCUGCGGGAAGGGCUUCCACCGAAAGACGUACGUGAGGCUUCACAUGAAGAGCCACUCGACUGAGAAGUGACUGUUACUGUAAAUAUGGCAGCGUGUAAAUAAAAACUUUUAUUAUUUUUUUUUACGUUUGAAUGUGCUGAAAUCACCUUUUUCCUCUCGUCGUCACGACCUCUCAUGCGUCCUGGUCGAGUUGUGAUCAUGUGGGAUCUGUUAUGUUUUAUUGACAACGAAUGAAACAACUGUGAACUAUGAACGAUUAUUCGUUGGAAGAUAAAAAUAAUGCAGUUUUUAAACUGUAAUCAUCGCAGCAGUAGAAUUAAUGUUGCAUUCCCACCAAAAGCAAAGCGAAUAUUUUCCCUUUAAUCUGGUUUACAGCCUAAAAUAAACAGAUUUAAUGUCAAUAAACGGAUCAAAAUGAUGCUGAAAUAACCAAAUAAAAGUUGGAAGAAGUCUGAAUUCAGACUUUGUCGACUGUCUGCGAGAAAACAAACAACUUUUAAAAUGCUUGUUUUGUGAAUGGAGUUUGGUUGAUCAGGGCUACGCUAAUUACCACCAGAUUCUGCAGUUUGUUGGAAGAUAAAAAUAAUGCAGUUUUAAAACUGUAAUUAUUAUUAUUUGCCACUUGAGGGCAGCAGAACUGUCUAUAAACACAUCAUAUAAUUCAGUAAGUAAUGGCAAAUAUUAGUUAACCAAUAUAGAGUUUUAUUUAAAAAGAGAGAGUUCAGUAAAGUUCCUAAAACAAAAAGGAGGAAAUAGUUUGUUGGGGACUAUUUUCAGCAGCAGAUUAAUCCACAUUUGGUGCUUUAGUGGCAGCAGGACGGCGUAUAAAUACACCACAGUGUGAAGGAAGAGUGUGUCUCACUCACUGUUAACAGGCUUUAAAAUACUCUCAGUCCAUGCUGCGUUCAGGUGCAGUGGGAAAGAUGAGCAUGUUGGGAUGCAUCCAUUGAUGGUUGUCUCAUCCUCUGAUCACAGUCUGGUGCCUCGUUGCCUUUCAUCAAAACCUGAUCUGGAGAAUCUAAUCUGUAAAACUGUUAUUAUUUGUUAUAUAGCUGCAUAUUUUUUACAUUUUCACUCAGAUUUUGUUUUAGGUUUCAAUCCCUUCAGCAGAGAGUGAAUGCGUUGUAGUGUAGCUUUGUUCCUCUGCUGCCUGUGGACUGAUCUCUAUGUGUCUCUAUGUAGGGAUGAGGGUCAAAGGUUGUGACCUUUAUGCUCCUGAGUGCCUUCUCUCUCCGCUUCCCUACUAUGUUUGUCACUGUCGGACGCUGACUGCAGUUCACUGAACGGCCACUGGCGGUGCUGUUAAUAUUUGCAUCUCACACACAUUUAACUCUCAUUCUGAAGUUGUAGUAUUGAAAUGUUUAAUAACCUCUAUGUGCUGUUAGUGUUCACUGCAGCAACAGAUUCCUUUAGAGACACUACAGUGACAUUAUUAUACAGUAACACACAGACACUAACAGUCCUUCUGAUGUACGUAGUGAUGUGUAGUCACAGCGUGCCUACGACAGAUUAUUAUAGAUAUAAACCGACUUUUUAUUGUUAAUUAAUGUUUGAAGUCUAGUGUUCAACCAAAGACGUCUGCGGAGCUGUGAGACUCAAAGUGUUCCAGUUUGUUUCAAUAAACUUUCACAUUAUGACGAA